AGUUAAGAUGGCGGUUUUUUAAAAUUCUGACAACGUUAUAAGGAUAAAUUGUGAUGUUAAAAUGUAAAACAAUAUGGAAGAUGACAGAUUAUUACUAGUUAUUCCAAGUUCUACAAGUUCUUGUUGUGAAGAAUUACCAGUGGAAAGUACAGACAAUAGCGCUGAUAAAAAGUGUUUUAGGAUGUUUGGGGCAAAGUGCAAUGGCUGCUUACAAUACAUUCCUACCAAUGAACUGGUGAUGCGGGCUCUCAAUUACGUGUACCAUCUCCCGUGUUUCGCGUGUGUCGCCUGCGGCCACCAGCUCCAGAAGGGUGACCAGUACGUCGUCAAAGACGGACAGUUGUUUUGCAGGAUGGACUUCGAAAAAGGAUUUAGUCUGUGUCCACUCAGUCCAAAAAGUGAUACAAGCGACUUGGGGUUCGACGAUCCAGACAGCCGAGACUCGGCGAACAAAGGUCCCAAGAGACCGAGAACGAUACUAACAACGAGUCAAAGGAGAAAGUUCAAACAGUCGUUUGAAGUGAACCCGAAGCCUUGUCGAAAGGUCCGGGAAGCACUAGCGGCAGAAACUGGUUUAAGUGUCAGAGUUGUCCAAGUUUGGUUUCAGAAUCAAAGGGCAAAGGUUAAAAAGAUUGCCAGAAAGCAGAACCUAGAACCCAAUAAUAAUUCAAACGGAGAUAAAAAGUGUUCCAAGUCACAGAAGAGGAAAAAAUCAGACGAUGAUAGUGAUUCCUCGGGUGAAGAGACAGACUGCGGGAAUGCUGACAGUGACGAAAGUGGCUUACCAAGUUUAGCCGAUUUGCCGCCGAUGUCGGACAGCCAGACCUUUGGGAAUCAGAUGAGGACGUUCGACCAUGCCACACAAGGUCACCUAUUCUCUAACAACAAUCUCACUGACGGAAUGUACUCUGACUCGCACCUACAGAUGGAGGAGAACGAAACACUGGACCAGAUGUUGAUGCACGACAGUGGACCUCACAAUCAAAUCACUCCGGGGGCGGCUCUCAUAAACCCCAUAGACAAACUUUACUCCAUGCAGAGUUCAUAUUUCAGUGCAGAGUGACAACACAGCUAACCACAAUAUUUUAUUGACUAUAUACACGUAUGUCUCGAAAACAUUAAUAUAUAUAUAUUUAUUUAUUUGUAUACUGUUACAGUAAAGACCAAAGAUCAACUAAUUCUGGUUGACGUUGCGUUUUGUCAAUGGACCAGUACUGAAAGUUACCUGGGAUGUAUUUUAAAGAAGACCUGCGAUGAACUUUAAACAAGAUAACCUGAACUGCUAUUAGUCAUCGAUAUAGUAUGAGCUUUAAUGAAGAUAACUUGAAUAACGGUUAUCCGAGUUCAAUUUUAAAGAAGAUAACUUGGAUUUGGCAUUAAAGACUGUUUGCAAUGAACUAGAGAGAAAAAAAACCUUGGAUUGGAAUUAACUGAUGUCCAUUUUAAAGAAGAGAACUUGGAUUUGGCAUUAAAGACUGUUUGCAGUGAACUAGAGAGAAGAAAAAAACUUGGAUUGGAAUUAACUGAUGUCUUGGAUGGACCUUAACGGAGAUAGCUUGAACCACUAUUAUUUGCGAUGAACAAUAAGAAAAAUAGCAUGGACCUAUAUCAACGGUUGUACGAUGAACUUUAAAUAAAAUACUUUUGUUUUCACACAUGAACAAUGAUAUAUUUGAAGGUUCUGUUGCGUAAGAAAUGCAAGCUGGAUUGUCAACAUGCAUUAUCGAAUAUAUUUACAAGUUAAAAACAAAACUACUACUUAGUGUCUCUUUCUUUAACUGAUAUCAGUUGAAGGUAGACGUUCGAAAUGGCGCCAGACACUCUGAAGUUGCUUCAAGAUGUGCUGCUAUUCCGAGUGAAUGAACAAAGGUACCAUUUUUCACAAUCACUCCCAAAGGAAGAUUUUCGUAACAGCGCCAGUCAUAUAUACCUUCCACUUAUCAAAGAGAGUUCUGCCCGCCAUUUGUUAUAGACCAAAGUAUGUUUUACGCUAAAAGAUCUCUCUCUUUGUUUUCUUUUUUCUUUUUUUUUCUUUUCUUUUUGAAGUGAUGGUGUAUUGAACUAAGAUACUAGUAUUGUAGUUUGACGUGAUUUCUGUCGGUAAGCGUCGUGUUGUGAAGAGAACUGUGGCUCUAUCGUAAAUGUUAAAAGACUUCAUCGUCCAACCGACAACGUGUCACAAAAGAGGAGAACAUUCGACAUGCUGUUUACACAGUUCUUGUGUCAGUCUUACAGAUAUCAGAUUGGAUGUUCAGAACCUACGUAAGCAAAGAUAUGCAACUAUUUGUUGAAUCCUGUUGGCUCGAACCCCACUGAUGCUCGAGAAAGUGUUCGACCCAUCGGGUAGUUCGACCUAACCAUUCGGUUAACAUCGUGUAAGUGUAACUCGGGACUUCGUUUUUGGUUCGAGCGUUGCGAUGUAUUCGACUUUUCGGAGUUCGACUCAACGAGAUCCAACUGUAGUUCGAUAUUUUAACCAGCAAUGUGAAAUUGCUCAACUCGACAAAUGAAGCUUUGGAAUCUAUACUACACAUUAUUUUCAAGAUAAACAAAUAACCUCUGAAAAUAGUGACCAGUAUCGGUUCAUAAUUUCAGAGAAAAAUUAAUUAAAAAGGAUGUCUCCGUUGAAUAUUUUGAAUUACCAAAAGGAUGAUUUACACAUUCCUGUAAGACGAAACGAACAAAAUGCAACAAACUAGAACAAUUUCAACAGUUGUUUAUCGUGUUCGUGCAAUUAACUAUCAGUUUGUACCGUAAGGUGAUCAAUUUAAGUAUUGUUUCGAAAGCAACGUGACAAAAUAUCCCAGUGUUAACAAACAAAACAAAAACAACAAUAACAUUUAUUGUUGGUCAGAGUGCAAUACAGCGCAUGCGCGUGUGAUUAGUAAGUUUUAUCUGUGCCAUACAGUCAUAGCGCAGACUUGUUUCAAAUCAGUUUUGGAAUGACAGUUACUCCAGACGGCAUGGGCUGAAAGAGUAUAUGAUAAUAUAUACACUUACGUAUGUGAAUAUUUAUUAAUGUAACAAUGCGUUGGUGAAUCCGUUAUAUCUGUUGUUGAAAUUUUGAUGUUGUAAAAUAUAAAUUUUUUAUAUUAGUUUUUUUUGUUACAUUAUUAUCACAAAUCCUUAAUUGCUUUAACAAAUUUAUUUUAGUAUCCAUAGCUAAUUUAGGUUUUGAGAAGUUCAUUUUUAACAUCGUAUAGCUAUGAAAUGUCUUUUAGAAGAUAUACAUUCCAUAUCUUAGUUGGGUAUUACUUUGCAAGAUUUAUUUUAGACAUUCCAUAAUAAUGGCAUCAGACAAAUGGCCACAGUAAGAGAACAAUUUUAUUGAAUAUUUGAUUUUAUUCAAUAAUAAUCACCAUUAUGCUUGCAAAAACAGACAUGAAAUUAAUAUAUUUUAACCAUUCCAUAUAAUUAUUACCUCUUUUUUCAUUUUUUUUUUUUUCAUUUUAUUUU